AUUUCUAAUUGGACAGCGGUCGUCACGUGGCCCUUGGUCGUCAUGGUGAAGCUUCAUAUACUGUUGUCAUAGGGACGCCAGACGGGAAGUGAUGGAGUACACGGGCAGUCGAUAUGACGGGGAGCACCAGAAUGGCAGACUGGAGGGUAAAGGAGAAUACAUCCUCCCCACAGAAACCCGCUAUGAGGGAGAGAUGAAGGACGGCAUGUUUCAUGGACAAGGAACACUCUACUUUCCAAAUGGCAGUAAAUAUGAAGCUCGAUGGGAUUCCGGUAUUGCACUUGAGGGUAAAUACACGUUUGCAGAUGGACUUGAGUAUGAAAAGGAGAAAUGGCACUACUGUGAUGGCUAUGACAGAAGAUUUUAUACUGAAAUUUGCAAUGGCCUGAAGCCUGCAGGACGUUCACAACUUACAAAUCUACAUCCCCCUCGACAAAUCCCAGAAGGUUGUUAUGACUGCGGGGAUGGAUUCUACGACCCUGUCAGCAGAGUCGUGAAUGACUACCAGCUCCGAUUCCUGAGGAAUGCCGAUGAUGAUGAACAUGAAUGGAUCAUUCAGACCUGUCGAAAAGGAUGGGAUGAAGUUACAGGAUACAGGCCUAAGCCCUAGGACCAGCACUGGCAUCUCACAUGUGUUAUAGGGCUCAUAAAAUAAGGACUUUAAAGGUGUCCACUGACACCUUUCUGUGUCUCUUCAUCUUCAAAAUAGAUUUAUCAAUAAACUAAGAAUUGUAUAAUGUGUUACCAAUGUCAAGUCACUUGUUGGUGCCGAGGAAAAUGUCUGAAAAAAGUAAGAAAUUUCUCUAUUGUGUACCAUGUACAUGUGAAAGGGUCUGUAUGCUAAUUUAAAUAUUUAUAAAUCUAGUUUGUAAAGCCAGGUCCGACGUCCUCUGCUCUGCACUGACAAGUGACCUCCUUCUGCUCCGAGGGGUGAUAUCGGGGCGUCACUUGUCAGUGCAGCUAAGAGGAUGUCUGACCUGCCGUGACCCUGCACCACCAAAGGACACAGGACAGGUAAAAAAAAAAAAA